AUGGAUCCAAGUGACCCCAAGGCUAAGCAGACUUACGUUCCGCCUGCUGAAUCCUUUGAAGAAUAUUUGAAGAGACGUAAUUCUGGAGGGUCCAAGACUGCGCAAACAUAUGUUGCACCAAUCUCCGGUUCGUCGUUCUCUGCAGGCAGCGGCGUUGUGGAUCUGAAGUCUGUGAAGAGCUCUCGUGCUGAGCCGUCAGCUGAUUCGAAGCCAUCUCUGUUUGAGGAGUACAUGAAGAAAAGGCAGGGUGCCACUGCCCAGCCAGCAGCUGCUGCGGCCCCUUCGUACGGAGGAAAGCCAGCUCAGGAUGCCGGAGAUCUCCCUGACGCCGGCUGGGGCGGCGAGAAGAAGGCCCACACCCGUGACCCGGUCUCGACCAGGGUCGACCCCAACGACCCCAAGUCCAAGCAGACCUACGUGCCGCCGGCGAUGUCGUUCGAGGAGUACAUGAAGGCACGCCAGGGAGGAUCCGCAGCCGCACCAGCGCCAGCUGCGGCAGCAUCAUCUCCCGCUGCUUCUUAUUCUCCAUCUGCAGCGCCAUCAGGCGGACGCAUCAGCUACUCCACCACUGGCGGAUACACUCCCGGAGCUCGCUCGGUCAGCCCGGCUCCUGCUGCCUCGGCCUCGUACAGCGCUGCUCCUUCCUACGCUCCCCAGUCCUCGGCUCCCUCUGGCGGACGCAUCAGCUACUCCACCACUGGCGGAUACACUCCUCGCGGCCGCUCGGCCAGCCCGGCUCCUGCUGCCUCGGCCUCGUACAGCGCUGCUCCUUCCUACGCUCCCCAGUCCUCGGCUCCCUCUGGCGGACGCAUCAGCUACUCCACCACUGGCGGAUACACUCCUCGCGGCCGCUCGGCCAGCCCGGCUCCUGCUGCCUCGGCCUCGUACAGCGCUGCUCCUUCCUACGCUCCCCAGUCCUCGGCUCCCUCUGGCGGACGCAUCAGCUACUCCACCACUGGCGGAUACACUCCUCGCGGCCGCUCGGCCAGCCCGGCUCCUGCUGCCUCGGCCUCGUACAGCGCUGCUCCUUCCUACGCUCCCCAGUCCUCGGCUCCCUCUGGCGGACGCAUCAGCUACUCCACCACUGGCGGAUACACUCCUCGCGGCCGCUCGGCCAGCCCGGCUCCUGCUGCCUCGGCCUCGUACAGCGCUGCUCCUUCCUACGCUCCCCAGUCCUCGGCUGCUCCGAGCAGGGGCGUGAGCUACUCUACCACUGGCGGAUACACUCCCGGAGCUCGCUCGGCCCCCGCCUCCGCCCCUGCUGCUUCCUACGCUCCUCAGUACAAUGAACCUGCGGGCAAGCCAGCACAGGAUGCCGGAGAUCUCCCUGACGCCGGCUGGGGCGGCGAGAAGAAGGCCCACACCCGUGACCCGGUCUCGACCAGGAUCGACCCCAACGACCCCAAGUCCAAGCAGACCUACGUGCCGCCGGCGAUGUCGUUCGAGGAGUACAUGAAGGCACGCCAGGGAGGAUCCGCAGCCGCACCAGCGCCAGCUGCAGCAGCUCCUGCUCCGGCUCCAGCUCCAUCGUUCUCUUCUUAUCAAGCCUCGCUCCAGCAGCAAACUGGAAAUCGCAUCAGCUACUCGACGUCAGGCUACACUCCUAGUAGAUCCUCUUCAUACAGCUCUGCCCCUGUUAUGGCGGGCAAGCCAGCACAGGAUGCCGGAGAUCUCCCUGACGCCGGCUGGGGCGGCGAGAAGAAGGCCCACACCCGUGACCCGGUCUCGACCAGGCUCGACCCCAACGACCCCAAGUCCAAGCAGACCUACAUUCCGCCUGCCGAGUCCUUUGAAGAAUACCUCAAGCGCAGACAAGCAGCUGGCAAGUAA